AUGCCACGAACCGUUGAUCACAAUGAUAAAUUAAACCUGAAUCUUACCGAGUUACCCAAUAACAAGGAAGAUUUUCAAUUGAUUUGGCUCGAUGCUCAUCUUGCUAAAUCAUCUGAUACACAUAAAACUAAGAAAAUGCUUCGAAUAUUGAACGUCAAUGCUCAGUUUUACACUGAUGUCGGCAAGUGUCUUGAAAUUAUUUUAAAUAUUCAAACAGAACAUAUUCUUCUUGUAGUCUCUGACUCAUUAGCUCGAAUUAUUUUACCUCAACUACAAAGUAUACGAUUUGUUCGUGCUGUUUUUAUUUCCUACGAAACACCUGAAUUUGAUUAA